UAUAUUCCCCAAAAUAUAUAUUAGCUGCCUACUAAUCAUUAAUCCCUUUGUCUCUGUGGUUGAUGGGCCAGUAAAUGACCGACCCUGAUUGUUUUUAUCUUUCUUUUAAGAUUAAGAUGUUACUCAACACUCUCUCAUGUUUCCUAUCCUAAUGCAGUAAGCCUUCAGUUUUACUGUUAAAGACCUGAAAGAUGUCAGCAGGCUGUUAAACUGUGCCCGCAUACUGAACUUUUGAACCCGUCAAUAGCUCCCUGUCUGUCUCACGGCCUCGCGGCGCCUCCCCGAACGCCAGCCGAGCCCGGCCGAAGCUCGCCGACGGUGACGUCACCGUAUCUCGUCCUUUCGUUUUUAGCCUGCUGCGUGCGAAGGAGAGAGAGAGAGAGAGAGAGAGAGAGAGAGAGAGGAAGAAAAAAAAAGAAAAACGGCUCUCAGCAAAGCAACAAGAAGGAAGAGCAAUGGCGACACUGGAUCGCCAAACGCCAAGUGUGGAUACGUUCCUCUGCGAGCCCUGGUCCUCCUUCGUCAGUGCGGCUAAAUUACGUUUUGUUGACAGUAAGUUCGCACGUCGGUAGCGUUGUUGUUUUUGCGGGCAAACUGUCGGGAAGUGCGUGGUCCAACUGUCUGUGAUUGAGUUGAGUGAGCAGUCCCCCCCCCUCCCCUCCUCCUCUACCACCACCACCAUGCAGGGUCUGCUGUCAGAGCGCAGCGAAGUAACUGUCAAAAAAUAUGACUUGUGUCGCGAUAUUCGCGGCUGCUUUCGGGGACGGUCGUGUGCACAGGCACGCGAGCGGAGCUAACAGCCGCCGUGCGGAGUUUGUGCCUGGUGGCGUGCGCGGUAACGACACAUAUCCUCCCAACUGUCCAGCUACGCAGACUCGUCCUCGGAUAACAGCGACAGGGAGCUUUACCGCCUCGGUGGAGCCGUGAAGCUCAGUAAAGAAGAUAUGUUUGUCUACAGCCAGUUUCCAGCGCUUGAGGAUUUUUGUCUUGUUGUCUGCCAUGUCUGCGAUCAGGUGGUCACUCCUCAGGGCAUCCUCACACACUAUGGUAGCUGGGGUGUAGUUUCCCUGUGAGACAGUCAGAGAGAGACAGACAGUCCUGGACACCACCCCCCUCAUUCCCUCCCCACCCUUCUCCCACAAAGACAUGCAUAGCAAAAACCAGAAGCGCCACGUCUCCCCUGUCCCCUCUCGGAGCCCCGUGGUCCCCAUGAAGCCCAAAGCACCGGCAGUGGCCCCCGCUAUGGCUCCCAGCUCUGGGGAAAUGCUGGCCUUCAGGGUACCUAAAGACUACCCUCACUCUCGCUUCAGCAAGGCGCCACUUGCUGUCUACCCACCGAAGGGGGCACGCAGCAAGUCGUGUGUAUCUCUUCCAGUCGUGAGCUUGGAGAAGAUGCCGUGCCUCAACCGAGCAGACUCUGCCUCACACGUGCGCCUCACCUCCUCCACCUCCCCCUCCCCCUCCUCCCUCAAACCUCUGUCCCUUACUUCCCCGGCCUCCCAGCGGUCUGGCGAGAAGCUCGUGAAUGGACGAGGCACCAGCGGACCGUCCACGCCGCGCUCCACUGUGUCUCCGUCCUCUCUGGAUGGGCGGCCCAGUCCAGCGCGCUCUCCACUGGACAGGCGGCCGUCAUCCACCCCCUCGCCUUCCCCUCUGGACCGGAAGCCUUCCCCGUCACCUUCACCUGCUCACAGAUCCGGCGCUCUGCCUUCAUCGUCUGCAUCGCCUCUGGAGACGAAGCACCAAAACGGGACAAAGACUCCCUCCAGGUCACAGAAAAGGCUCUCGGGGAGAGUGUUUGAUCCCAACAAGCACUGCGGAGUCCAGGACCCCGAGACUAAACGACCCUGCACGCGGUCGCUCACCUGCAAGACUCACUCCUUAACCCACCGCCGAGCCGUCCCUGGCCGAAGGAAACACUUCGACAUCCUCCUGGCGGAACACAAGGGGCGACCGAAGGAAGGAGCAAAGGAUAAAGACAAGGACGUGACACAAGGAGGAGCAAAGGAAGGAGGAAGUCAGAUUAACGCGUCACAAGAGACUGCAAGUCCCGGCAAGCCUCACUGCCCAAACGGGCGACCCUUGUCCACGCUGAAGCUACGGCUGGCAAAUGCAUACAUACCCAGGGUUCCAGGCUCCACCACCUCCACCUCCAGUCCUCUGCCCCCGGCGCCAGCCCCCGCCCCGGCCCCUAACCCAGAGCCGUCCCCGCACAGUUGGACGACGGCAGCAGGAGACGGCGGCCGACUAUCUAGCGACGAGGGAGACGCGGAGACUCCGGAGGACGCCGACAGACCGGCCUUUCACUGCACCAAUCGCCACCCACAGCCUUUAGGGUGUUGCGUCUUCAGCAGCAGGCUUAUGGGUCGGGGCCACUACGUGUUCGACAGACGAUGGGACAGGAUGAGGCUGGCACUGCAGAACAUGGUGGAGAAACACCUGAACGCACAGAUGUGGAGGAAGGUGCCCCUGGCUCCUGACAGCCUCCUCUCCCUCUCAUCCUCCUCUGGCACCUCCCCCGUCACUUCCCAACAGACUCUCUCUCCCGCCUCCGUCCCGUCUCCUCUCCUCUCCUCCCCCUCCAACUCCCUCUCCUACACCGCCGCGUUCCCUCAGUCGGCAUCUGCGGCCGGGGUGUUCAGCAUUCGAGACGCCGCACAGCCCGUCGCCCCAGUUUCCGCGCUGGGUAAAGCCCGUAACGGCACGCAUAAAGCCAGCCGCCCAUCCAAAGACGCUGAGGACUCGGCUACAGGGUCCAAGAAGAGAAAGAACUCUUCCUACUCCUCCUCCUCAGCCUUUUCUUCUUCCUCCGUGUUUCCGACUGUGGAUAAUCACAAGAGGAACGGCAGCAGCUAUCAUCCAACGUUACAAGGUUCAGGAGGGGUAGCAGCAAGUCCAGCCAGGAAAAAGGGACUCGGGCGUGGGGGGAGCGGGCUUUGGAGCGGCGCAGACGAUUGGCUGUCCAGAGCUGAAGGGUCUCAUAGCCACAACUCACAAAACAGUCGUGAACUUGGCACCAUCAGUAUACCCUACUCGGCCAACAAGGAGCCUGCCUCUGCGGCCCAUCAGCCCCUGGCUCCCCCCUCUGGACCUUUGGCAUAUGGGGGAGGAGCGGAGGGGAGGAAGAGGAGGAGUCCAAGCUCCUACAGAGGGAAGGCCAGCAAGCUGAGCAGGCCGGGUGGACUGGAGAGCCUCUUUGGGAAUGGGAGCGAUGGUGGGGGCAUACUGGCUUCAGGGCCUGAGUCCCCGAGACAGGCCAAGUUGCAUCACUGACAGAAACCAGCUCCAUGGACUGAAUGUUGGGCAGCUGUUCAGGCCACCACCGUUUGUGACCUUUGACCCCACCACUCUUCCGCUGACGGCACCAAUCAGACUGCUUCAUCUGGGCGAUGUCACCCCUAUUUACCCAGUGACAGUUCGGUUCACCCCCUGUGACAUCGGGGCUCUCUCUGGAGCCCACACAGUUGGCAGGCACUCACUUCCACUCUUCCACCACCCUAAUUAUGGAGCGUUUUGAUGGAAAGCUGCUGCGCUAUCACUGUGGUCACGGUCUUUACAGAACAAGACGGUGGAAUCCAAAAAAACUUCUCCUCUGUAAAGGGAAUUUGCCUCGCAAUGUUUCCAAGGCAUUGUUGACAACACCACCACUGUACAAUUUUUGUAAACAAUCAGAGUUUGUGUUCUGGUUGUUUUCCUGGUUGCUGUGUCCGCUCAGCUGAUGAGGAAAAGAGGUCUGUGAUUGUUUAUGGGAGUUAAAUGGUUGAAGGACCUACUGACACGGCUACUGUAGGAUUAAGCCUUCAGCUAUACCAGCUCUAAUGACCCCCUCGUUACCGCUUUCCUCUCUUUCUCUGGUUUUCAAUUUCCUCUCUUCCUCAACGAUGGAAGAGAGAGAGCAGCAGCUGUAGUAGCUGGGUUUUAUCCAGCUCCUUCUCCCCUCUCAGUACCUUUUCUUUCUGUCUCACCACAUUUUUUUAACAUCACACAUCUUUGUCAACAUCUCUACAAUUCUCUUUUUUCCUUCCUCUCCCUCAUCUCCCUAUCCAAUCCCAGCAUGCCUGUGUUCAAAGUGCACUUACUGCCCUCGCUUCCCUUCGCUGCCCCCCUCGACGGCUCCAGAACGGUCUCCUGCAGUGCCACGCCAGGACCUGUUCGCACAAGGGAAGCAACGAAAUUGCGUCUGUGUUAACAAUGACGCCACGUGAAUGCAUUGUAUUUUUGCUAUCGGAAGAGAUGUUGAAGAUAGUUUUCUUUCAUGUUGCGAGAAACACAAACUCCUUCCUGUGUGUCAGGAACCAAAAAGGAAUUAUUACUACGGUGUUGGAUCUCUCUCUCUUUUUUUUUUUUUUUUUUGUACAAUAAUUUAUCGUUCUGAAAUGAUCUUCUAACUGACCAGCAAGGUUUGAGCUACAGAGACUUUUUGAGCAAAAAAUAAUUUCUAUGCCAUUUAGAAGAAAUGUUGAAAGUAUUAUGCUGAGUUUGUAUUGUUUAAAAUGUGUACAUAUCUGUUAUUAUUUUUGUAUUUAUUAAUAGUCCCCCCCCCCCUUAAUUUACAUGUGCUAAAGAGAGGGAGUGUUUGCCCUCCCAGCGCGGUUCGGGUGUAAUAAUCUUGAUGAGAUUGGCCUGGUUUCUCAAAAUCUUCAAGAAUUAGUUCAUUAGCAAGUUUUAAAUGAAUGCUAAUUAAUACUCAAACACAACCAAACACGAACUUUGACUGAGGCUGCUGUGUAUUUCAUUUUUCUUUCAACUGCAGCCUGUGGUCAAUUCUAAAUCUUUUUUUUUUUUUUUGCAAUAUUACUUUGAGGUCAUAUUAAGGGGCACUAUGUAGUUUUGGAGAAGAAUUUUAAUAUUUACAAUAUUAAUGAGGUAACAAUACAACCUCAGAAUAGACCAGCUGUUCUCAGAGGAAAAUAAGGUCCCCAGAACAUUGAUUGAAGCUGGAAGUGUGUUAGGCUCCGUCAGAUAUAAACAAAGUAAGACAGAAUUAAAUGUAAAGUUUGUUUAUUUAAUUUGUUUAGAUUUAAAAAUCUGAUUAAAAUUUCUUCCUCAAAAUGACUUUAAGUAAGUAAAGAAGAUGCUUAUAUCUAUUUACUGUAUUUGUCAAAUUUGACACUUAAUGUUGUCUCCUUUCAUAAAUGUGCAAAUGGUGAAAUCUGUUCAAACAGUGUUUUGCUGAUAGAAGUUGUAGGGUAAGGUUAACUUAAAGUUGCACAUAGGCAGCCACUAUGAAAGCUGACAGUUUUUAAUCAGGAAAGAAACAACUUCAAGUAUUAAAUUUAAUGUUGAAUAUACAAGAAAGCAAGAAUGAUUUACAAUUUACUGGAGCCAUUUUGCACAUUUUUGUAGGUUUCUCGUCACUCAACAAUUGUGAUUUACUUAAUUUUUUUUCUUUAAGUUGGUCUGGCGAUAUUGCAGUUAAAAAUUCAUUGGUGAAUGAUGUUGAAACAUACUGUGUGUUCACAAACAUCCACUGCUUUUCUUGGCAUGUAAGAGGGGACCCAAACACAUAAUUUGCAUUGCAGUGAACAAAAUGGAAAUCAGUGUGUCAGCUGAGUAGGCGUUCUCUCACUGCGUCCCAGGACACGUGCGUACACACUGCUGAAAGAAUGUGGUCACAUGGGGCUCGGACAGCCUCUGAAUGAGGUCUCAGUGAUUGGAUCUCAAUCCAUUUCCGGUGCAGUCACACCUGUACUCAGAUCUGUCCAUGCCUGUUAAUGUGAGGUGUAAACAGGGCCUGAUUAUAGUAAAGUACUCUGCACUAUCCCUUAGAUUAUACUGUUUUCUGUAUGCUAUGCUAUGUUAAGCAGUUGUAUACUGCCUUCAUCAACAGAGUUUGCAUCACAUGACCCCGAGCCUCAUUUAUUCAAGACUUUCUCCUCUUAUGAUGUCAAAUUUAAGAGUUGAUGGUCCAAAAUAUCAGUUGAUAGUGAUGUCUUUAUUCCAGUAUUCUUAAUAGAUGUGUGUUUUGGCUUUCGCUAAUGAACCAACAAGGCCGAUUUUGUGAAACCAGGCCCUGGUUAGUAUUUACAUAUAAAGGCCCCCCACAUUCCUGUUUACCUGUGGUUCCACCCUUGUUCAUACUUCUUCCAUUGUUCAAAACUAUAACUAUAUUUUUAAGCUGUUUUUAUCUUCCAGGACCGAUUGGUUUAGUCUCUGUGUGAUAAUGCUUGGCUGCUGUGUGUGGGGAAAAUCAAAGCCAGGUCAAAAUGCUUUCACUUACUUCCCAGCUGCACCCAUCAGGCCUGGUACCAUUUCAUCUCUGGUGGCUCAGCAGUUCACUGCGCUGAAAAUGCAGCAUAGUCGUCCUGAGAGGUGCAAAACAAGCGCUGUUUGAAGAGACGUAGAUUUAGUUUAAAGGUGCAGUAUGUAAGAAUGAGCCACGGGUCGAAUUCAAAACAAAUAAUGGGCUAACUGCUGCUAAUUGUCGCUUUCCUUAGCUGGUUAGCUAAGUUAGCUGUGCAGCUAGCAAUUCAGACUGGUAACUCAGGGCCAUGGUGUUGGUGUUGACACUAUAAGUACAGGAGUGUUGGACGGGUUGGGUUAGCAAUUUUAUAUUUUUUCACUUUUUCAACUACCAUUCUAACAUAUUGCAUCUUUAAAAGCACAAUAUGUAAGAAAUUGCUCCCCAGUCAAAUUCAUACUUAAAACAAAUAGCAGGUAGCAUAUCACCAGAGUAAACGUGAACUGUAGCUGUUGUAAGCUCAGUUAGCCGUGCAGCAAGCUGUCCUUCCAGUCAGGACCAUACUCAAGAGGCCUGAUCUGUACUAUCUACUAUCGUAUCUUGAGAUACACAGUGGUAUUACAUGACAGGAAGGGCCAGCCCUAGGUGUUAAGCAUGCUAACUUCAGUUCAUAUCUCUGCAGCACAAUACAUUGUCACCUUCUGAAAAAAAUGUAAAAACUAAUAUUUCUUCACAUUCUGUUGAUAAUUUCAGUUAAAUUUUAACAUUUUGUAUUAAAAGUCCUACAUGAUGCACCAAGGGAAAAUUCAUGACUAAAGCUGCAAUCUUGUGCAUAUUUUCAAUAGCAGCUCACUACAACAACUUCUAAAAUUACACAUUUAGCACGGUUAAAUUAAACUGAUGAAGUCACAUUGUGUAGUAACAAGAAAAAUGAAAUGUGAGAGGAUUUCCUUGCUUAAAGCUGGUAUCAUGGAUGCCAUAAUGUGUCAAAAAAGGUAAAAGCCUUAAAAUUGUCUCUUUUCUAUUCUGUUUGGUGUUGCUGAUGAAGGUAAAGUACCUGAAAGCAUUUUGAUUUGCUUGAUGGCCGCAUGGAGCUGUGAGUGACGCUCCUUCCUGGUACGUGUCAACUGCUUUUGUGGAAUUAACAUCAAGGAUUCGUAGUUUUUUAUUUUAUUUUAAUUUUUUUUGUAUUCUUUUGUCUCAAAAGCAUCUAAGCACUAAUGAUGAAUUAAAUUGUACAUAACCAGUCAUAUUUUUGUUAUGCUUCUCCCAAGUGCUUCCUGUGAUGACACUUUAUUCAUCAGCGUGUGAGAUCGUCUAACAGCUCUUAGAUCAGUUCAGUGAUGCUCGCUCGGUGGUCUUUAUUUUUACCAUAGAUACACAUUGUUUAUCAGUAAACUGGGUAACAUGCCUUCAGAAACAUUAUAGACAAAUCUCUUGGAUUUAUUUACAAUUCUCUCGGUUCAACGCAACAUCCCAAGAGAUGUUCUAGUGUGUAGAUGAUUCAUGUUGGUUUAGUGGCUGCAAACAUGGUUUAAAAAAUACUUUUUCCGCUCUUUUCACUUUUUUUUUUUUUUUUAGAUCAAAGAUGGCGGUCUUAGCGCGAAGAUGUUUUUGGGAAAUGCCAUCUGGACUUAUUGUUUGUAGUAAUAGAAAUGGGGAAUAUAAAGUCUGUUGCAGCUAAAACUAAGAUAAAAGCUCAUGGAUGUUGAUGUUCAGAGCAGUUGUAUAUUGUAUUAUUUGCUGUUGAGUUUAAUGGAGGUAUUAACAGUUUUUUUUAAACCCUCCCCUUUCCUUUUUUUGCACUUUGUCAUAAUGCCCAGAUCUUUAAUCUACUUCUAUUUAUAUAAAUAUUUGAGAUAUGAAAAAAAUCUAUAUCUAUAUAUUUGUAAAUGUGUUUCUGGCAACUACAGUAAAAGAAGAUGAAGAGUUUAUUUGUGGUGAGUUGGCACGUCGACCAACGCACUGUUGUUGUUUGUUGUAUCUGAUCCAAGCUGUGGUGAAUGUCUGAAAAAAGCCUUGUAAGAGUUGGGAUUUAUUCCGUCUCACUGCUGUUGGAUCAGAAAAUGGAUUUCCCAUCAAAUCAACUGAACACUUGCUGUAAAAAGAAAUGGUCUUAUAUCCAAGCUUUUAUUAAAUGAUUGAAAGUG